CUCAGCGAGAGCGAGAGAGAGAGAGAGAGAGAGAGAGAGAGCCAUGGAGGGGAGCAACGGCGAGGAGCUGGCGGUGGGAUGCACCCUUGCGAUCAGGACGACGCUUGGGGAAGAGAUCGAGGGACAGAUCAUCACCUUCGAUCGCACAUCCAAUUUUCUCGUCAUUCAAGAAGGAAGUUCUAAGGUUGGUUCUCGCCGGAACCUCCGGCUUCUGAAGACCAAUUACAUCAAGGAUUUCACGUUUUUGGGCCGUGAGGAUGAUCCUCUUGAUCCCAAGAAGUGUUUGCUCGAUCUUGGUAGCUUGCAGGCGAGGGAAGAGGCUGCUUUGAGACAAGCGGAAAUUGAAGCUGAGCGAAUUGGUGUUGGAGUUACCUCUGAAGCUCAGAGCAUUUUCGAUGCAUUAUCAAAAACACUUCCGGUCCGAUGGGACAAGACUGUGAUAGUCGUGAUGAAUGAAGUUCGAGUUCACAGUCCAUACCUACCUGAAAAUGUCAGCGGUGGCACCCCAGCAGCCAAUGAUCGUGUCAAGAAAGUGCUUGAACUCGAAAGGAAGAGGCUGCAGGCUCGCACUCCCGGUCAGUUCUGACAGCUUCGAAGACGUAUUUUUUCUGAGCGUCAAGUUCUUGAUCUUUUGCAGCCAAAGUCUCAGUUUUAGGAGAAAACUUGAGUAUCUUUAUCGUCUUAGGUAUACAUUCUUCUCUGAAACCUGAAUGUAUUGUGACUAUGCAGUUCUCUUUUUUAAGGUAACUUUGCUACUUUUGAAUCUUCGCUUGUUACCUUAUGUUUGUUACCAUACAAAAUUAUGAUGAAUAAUUGCAGAUGAGUUAUUCUUGUCUA